AUACGUUCAGUAUGUGCGGAAACCACGGAGAGAGUAGGCUCGGAAACACAGCACACAACGCGAGAGUUUACUUGUAGCUGCUCCAACCUUCGCUGCAAACGGUUAUUGAUUAAGCCUAGCCGAAGUCUCCAGGACUUGGUGCCUAGGUCUACGGAGCCGUAUCCAGCAUCAGUAGCUCACAUUGCUGUGCCGGAGCAAGACACUAACUUCGCUUCAACUGUCGGCGUUUCUAAUCCAGAUUCAGCUUAUGUUAUGUUGUGUACAAAUAGACGUAUACUUUUGAGAGAUUGCAGUGCGCGAGACGUCUAUCACUGUUGAUUGGCGUAUUAAGGACUAACAGCUAUUCGGUGCUUGUCAUUUUGUGAUAGCUUUGUGUUUUGUAUCUAUAUACACAGAUAGUGAAUAGUUUUAAGUGUGAACGCACACAAUACAUAGUUGACUGGCCUUUCUAUUCUAAAUAUUACAAAACAGUUUGUUGAUAUCGAAAAAAGUAUUUUUAACUGCUAGACAUGAUUGUGAUAACUAUUUAUGAUUUCACCAUGUACCAUUAAACUACACAACACUGGGCGUAAAACCUUCCUCGGAUCCAUUCUGAACUUGUUGGAAAAUCGCAGAUUUUUUUCUUGGAUCCAUACUUAAGUAGUGAAAAUAAGUAAAGAGUGUUCUCGGAUUCAUUCUGAACCAGUGGAGAAAAACACGUUUACUUACCACGAUCGUACUGAUUUCAGCCGCAAAACAAGAGGAGUGUCUAGUCUUUUUACAGUUUCUCAAAUCACAGCUAAAUAUAAAAACCCAGACAUUUGUUAUUUUACUGUGAUUCGCUCUGACUUGGUAUUCAACUCACGUGAAGGAUUCUGACGGGAACUAGAUAACGCUAUUCCUCAUACCUAGAUACAGUGGCUGGGCCAUUUAACAUAGCUCAUCACCGUCCUGUGUUCCAAAGCGAAGGGAAACCGACCUUAUCUUUGCGGUAUCAUUUCUCCUGUGAUAGUGGGCGAUGUUCUGCGUUGUGGCUGUCAGGUGAUUGGCAAGUCCUCCCAUUGACGUUCAGAACGGUCAACAAUAUCACGAUGGACACACCCGGUAGCUUGAGUGUUGACGUUGAGGAAUGAGCACACUUCUCCUCUAAGAUUCUUGGAAGAGGAACUUUAAAGAUACGUGGACUCAAUAUAUAUCAGGACAGACAAGGGCAGUAACUCUUAAAUACACAAAGAUGGCGUCGACAAUCUCGGCUGAAAAUCUGUCACGUUUGUUGCCGAACGUGACCCACAACGAGACUGAAGCACCUCAGGUGAUGCAUCAACCCUGGUUGACUGGACUAUUCGUUAUUAUGUACGCGCUGAUCUUCCUUCUGGGUAUUAGCGGCAACACCCUCGUGGUUUACUGUGUCGUGCGCAACAAGACGAUGCAGACUAUUACAAAUAUCUUCAUCACUAACUUGGCGGUGUCCGACAUCCUCAUGUGCCUCUUGGCUGUUCCGUUUACUCCCCUUAGCUACUUCCUGAACUCCUGGAUGUUCGGUGAGGCGCUGUGUCACAUCGUUCCUAUGUCCCUUGGCAUCAGUGUGUACGUCUCGACGCUUACGUCAACAGCUAUUGCAGUCGACCGCUACUUCGUCAUCGUGUAUCCGUUCAAGCCUCGAAUGAAAGUAUGCGUCUGUCUGUUAAUGAUCGUAGCCAUUUGGAUUAUCUCUAUUUCUAUAUCGCUUCCACUGGGAAUAUACAUGGAGUUGAAGGAGGGUUCCGAAGGUUGCACGUGCGAGGAGAGUUGGCCACGCCCUCAGGCAUCCCAGUUUUUCACCGUCACUAGCCUUGUUCUUCAGUACAUCGUGCCUUGCAGUAUCAUUACCUACUGUUACGCCAAGGUGUCGUUAGCUCUUAAGAAAAGGUCAAGGUCAAAGAUCGGAAGUGGAUCAAAAUUUCGGGAGAGGGACGAAACUGAAAUUAAACGGAAGCGCAGAACAAAUAAGAUGUUGAUCGCCAUGGUGACGAUUUUUGUUUGCUGCUGGCUACCGUUGAACACUGUGCUGCUGACGGUGGAGUAUAAAAGUCAUAUAACUCUUUGGUAUUAUUAUACUUUAAUAUUUUUCUCCGCUCACGUGAUAGCCAUGAGUUCUACUAUAUAUAAUCCAUUUCUCUACGCAUGGAUGAACGAUAACUUCAAAAAAGAAUUCAAACUAGUCGUCCCAUUUUUGUUUCGAACGGAACGGGAGCGACCUGUAAACGGCAACUAUACUCAAUACACAAAUGUGGACACUCAGCCGUCUGUUGUUAUAAACAGGUCACCCCAGAAAGACCGCGAGAAGGCGAACGACUGUAAUAGCCCAACUAAUAAGCAGAAAGCUUUCUAUGAUCCGGAAUCAGAAAAGGUGGAACUAAAAGUGAAUACGGAUGCAGAUAGUGAAGGGGCGCAUAGUGCGUAGAUACACCGUAUUUCACAAUACAACUGCUUUGAUGACUGACGUCACAUGAUAGUAUACAAAUGACUUAAUCACGUGCUAGUCACGUGGUAUCAUCGAUUUGUCACCGACAUGUUGAAGCGUGUGUGAAAUUGUAAUCACGUUUUAAGUACCUAAGUCCCAUAUUUCAUCAUGUAUCCUAAGGUUGCUGCGUUUCCCAUGUCUGUGUGUUUGCUAAUAUGUCCACCCGGGUAAGAAACACCGUCGUUCCUAAUGUUUGGACUCAUCGUUCACGUGCAGUACACGCAGUGAUAACCUCAUCAAUUACGAAGUUCAGUUCAUAACAGCGUCAUUGAUCCUCAUGUCUGUUUUUAACUUCGUCAUAUAACCGAAAAAAAUAAUCUAUUUCCCUUUUUCCCUUUCGUUCGUGGGUGACUGGGUUAAUUCUCAAGAAACAAUAAAAUAGACCUUCUAAUACAUAAAUAUCAACGUUACCAAAAUUCCCUGGCAAAAUUUAAGCAAAGACCAACCGUAUUGAAUGGUUUUCUCCGCCGUAAAGCGUCAAGUACAUCCGUGUGGCCUCGGUGAAAGAUACCCGUUCCACCGCCGAAAAUAGCAUUUACGCAUGUGCGUUGAGAUGUUUUCCCCCUGACAUGACUAUAGUUUUGAUAUAUCACUUUCUUACGAAAUUUUCAUAGGAAAAUAACAAUGAUGAAAUAAGCAAAAAUGAAAUAAACAACAAAAUUCUUAGUGUAAUAAUGUCAGGGGGCAUAGCCAGGAUCCGAACUCCAGACUCACGUGUAUGAUAUUGUGGCUUUACCAACUGAGCUAUCUGGUCAAAGGAAGUAUCGUGGCACAGUCGCGCUACAGUAACAGCCAAACAAAUUUCAGGGAAGGUUACUCUACGUAUUGGAAUCUUCAGUGAGGCGUUCUAGUGUGUUUCCGCCAAUGUGACAGGGAUCCUUAAUUGCUAAUGUUGUUGUUGAGCUUCCUUUAUACGCUGUACCAUACAGGUCGAAUUGCUUUGGGAGGUCUGCUGCAUCUCCAUUUACCUCCUAAACAAUUAUCAGUUUGAUAUUACCAACGCCAUUUAUUUAAUAGAAAUUUGUCUUGAAAUUAGAAUUUCCACCUGGAGUUAGACUGGGAUAUGAGCCCGGAUGCGUUUCUUAAGAUAAUUAAUCACUAGGCGGCGACAUAGCAAUUAAAUUACGUCUCUGAAAUUACAUCUUAAUGCUGAUGGUCGAAAUAAAGCAUCGUUGUCGUAAGUAGAACACGUAUACCUGGUCACAAGAUGACCAGCGGUCUGAAAUAAUUAUUCCUGGUCGUGUGUCCGUCAAUAUCAUUAACAACGGUUCUUUCGUAUCAGAUUGCCUCAUUUAAAGCGACAAGGCAUAUAAUUAUACCCAAUAACAACAUACACCAACAAGGUCCAUUAGAUACAACGCUAGGUAGUGUUUUGUGCCACUCCACUUCACCGAGGAUGAGGUAGAGUUCACGAGAUCUCCACUUCCACCGAGGUCGAGGUAGAUUUCACAAGAUUUAGAACGCUCGCACGCUCUAAUUUCUAUGUCCUUAUUAGCCGCCCUCAUUAGAACUGUUUUAUGGUUGUAGUUUUUUGUCCUAACGACGCCUAACAACCACGACUACUGUUUCCUUCCCGUCCAAUUAGGUGUAAUCCGGUUGUUUUCCCGUUCAGAAUACAAUAGGCCUAGCUAUGUGUAACUAGUUUAUAAAUUUCGGACAACUUUGUCUGUGGAUUCUCUGCCGGACGAUCACAUUUUUUUAAGACAGAAAAUCAAAAAUAAUUAGCCGAUGUGCCCGCGGGUACACGAAUUUGAUACAUGUAUUGUAAGUUAUCAUCGGAUGACAGACGCUGGCAUUACCAAUAAGCUGUAAAUCGGAGGGAUAUAAGCGUAACAUUCAAAAACAGUCAUUGAAAAGCAUAAUAGCAGUGACUACUGUAAUUAUUGUGAUUUGGAAUUCGUCCAAAAAUAUACAAAAUCGUACACCCGAUUAAAACGAUAUUAUUGUGCUUAACUUAAAAAACUAAAUCGAAGUGACGUGGCCCUAUGACGUCACCAAUAUGUCAUAUAUAAAUCCGUAGUUGCUUCUGUAAUUCUGUCAGUAUCCUCGUUUGAUUCCGUAAAAUAUCAACUGUUUCCGUUUUUGGAUAGUGGGUGAUGCGUACUAUCAAAAACAGAAUAAUUGUUAAAAGCAUAUGCCAGAGUAUUUAGUUAGAGUAAUUCAAUUCAGAAUGUAAGAUAUAAGCUGAUUCUUGACAGAGUCAAUUUCAAACGGAAAUAUGGCGACGUUGCCAAUUCUCAUCUCGAACUUACAAUCUCGUAGUAUACCUAUACCUAUGUCACUACGUCACUAGGGUCGGCGCCUGACGGCAAGUUUAGAAUCCAUAUGUGUAAUGUUGUCGGUAUCGGUCAAGUAUGCAAGACAGGGCACGAUUUCUGUCCGUCAAACCAAGCCGAAUAAUCCGUCUGUGACAGAAAAAUCACCACUUGUACGAAUAGAAAAUACUGUAUAUAUAUGUGCGUUAAAAGACAGUUGGACUACAGAAAGAGAAUACCGACAUUUAAAAAAAAGGCAACAAAUCCCCCCCCCCC